GAGCGGCCCGGAGGCGCGGGUUUCGCGCCUUCUUCGUUGGCGCAUGAAGAGAGGGAGGGAGGGCGAGGGCGGGGGCGCCAUGUUCUGCGAGAAGGCGGCCGAGCUCAUCCGCGAACUUCACCGCGCCAGCGACGGGCAGCUGCCUUCCUACAACGAGGAUGGAAUCAGACAAGUCCUUGAAGAGAUGAAAGCAUUAUAUGAACAGAACCAGAGUGAUGUAAAUGAAGCUAAAUCAGGACAUAGUGAAUUGAUUCCAACAAUCAAAUUUCGCCAUUGCUCUUUGCUGAGAAAUCGACGAUGUAUUCUUGCAUAUCUAUAUGACCGCUUACUUCGCAUCCGGGCACUUAGAUGGGAAUACGGGAGUGUCUUGCCAAAUGCUGUCAGAUUUCACAUGUCAGCUGAUGAAAUGGUGUGGUUUAAUCAAUAUAAAAAAUCUUUGGCUACCUACAUGAGAUCAUUAGGAGGCGGAGAUGGGCUGGACCUUACACAGGACAUUAAACCCCCCAAAAGCUUAUACAUUGAAGUUCGGUGUUUAAAAGACUAUGGAGAAUUUGAGAUUGAUGAUGGCACAACUAUUCUGUUAAAGAAGAAUAGCCAGCAUUUUUUACCCCGCUGGAAAUGUGAACAGUUAAUCAGACAAGGGAUUUUGGAGCAUGUCCUAUCAUAAACUAGAUGCCCGUGAGACUUGAUGAAGAGCUUAUAAAUGUAUUUGACAUAUUUUAAAAUAAGUGUAAGUAGCAAAAUAUCACAGUGCCUUUCCUCUUCUUUUGAAAAACAUAAAGGCAGAAUGAUAUUGUGAGAACUGCUUGAAUAUUUUGUGAAGAAGAAAAAAACCCUUUGGGGGGUAUUAGCCACAUUUUUCUUCUCAGUCUAUUUGGUAGGUUAUGAUCAAUAAGCUCAAUAUAAACUUAUGCUAAAUGUCACAAUAAAAGUCACUAUACUUUCACUAGCAAUCUUAUUGUUAUGUAUAUGUAUGUAAUGACUGUUGUUAAGCCUGUAAGUAAAUUUUAAUCCUGUUAAAA